AUGGGAACAAAUUCUAGUCUACUCGCUACUCCGUAUAGUAUGGCACUUGACUUAGCAAAUAAUCUUUGCAUUUCCAAUCGAAAUAAUAAUCGAAUUCAAAAAUACCUAGCGGGAUCAUUAACUGGUUCAACAAUCGCUGGUCAAUCCAAUGGAAUAGGAGGUUCGAUACUGAAUGAUCUGAAUUUCCCUGCUGAUGUUGAACUUGAUUCCAGUGGCAACGUGUACAUCGUAGAUUCACAUAAUCAUCGAGUUCUAUAUUGGACUAUAGGUUCAUCCUCUGGCAUGAUUGUUACCAGCGUUGCUGGCACAUCAAACAGUCAACUAGAUACUCCAUAUGGUAUUGUACAUGAUUGGAAUUCCAGUAUAUUCUAUGUCACAGAUCAAAACAAUCAUCGCGUCAUGAGUUACCUAUCGAAUUCCACCGUUGGCACAGUCGUUGCUGGCAACAAUGGACAAAGAUCAUCCAUUGGGAAUCUAUUUGGAUUUAUUAUCAAAUAG